CCGUGAGAAAACUGAAAGCACCAUCAUCUGUUCUUUCACGAGGAGACGGAGAGAGGAAUCCAGAGCACACAUGAAUAAAUCUGUUGAGCAGUUAGGAAACCAUAAUCAAUAAUGAUGGCUGAAGACACAGACAAUCACAACACUUGCAACAGAGACAAAAGCAUUAAACGAGAGCGAUCACAUUCCCCUGUACUCAGUGUUUUAUCCAUGAAGAGUGACAAAUCAAUGAAAAUACCAAUUCAGUUGAAAGCAGAAGAGCGUCUGUUUAACCAAAGUUCUGAGGAGAGAUCAGAUUCACCUGUCCCCAGUGUUUUGUCCAUGAAAAGUGAUAAAUCAAUGAAAAUACCAAUUCAGUUAAAGGAUGGAGUUUUUGCAUCUGAUCAAAGUUCUGAGGAAAGAUCACAUUACCCUGAUCCGAGUGUUUUGUCCAUGAAAAGUGAUAAAUCAAUGAAAAUACCAAUUCAGUUAAAGGAUGGAGAUUUUGCAUCUGAUCAAAGUGCUAAGACAAGAGCAUAUUCUCCUGAUCCCAGUGUUUGGUCCCUGAAAAGUGACAAAUCAAUGAAAAUACCAAUUCAGUUAAAAGGUGGACAUUCUCUGCUUGACCAAAGUUUCCUAGAGACAUUGAAUUCGCCUGAUCCCAGUGCAAUACAAAUGCCAAUUCAGCGUAGAGAUGAAAUAAAUCUACCACAUCAGAGAGAUGAUGCACAAAGUCCUGAUCCAGAAAUCCAACAAAGAUUAAAAUAUAAUAUGAAAUUGAAGCAUCUCUACAUUUUUGAAGGACUGGCAAAGCAGGGAAACCCAACACUUCUGAAUGAAAUCUACACAGAGCUCUGCAUCAUAGAUGGUGGGAAUGGAGAGAUCAAUAAUGAGCAUGAAAUUAAAAGGAUAGAAAAAACAUUAAAAAGUGCAGCAGGAGUAACUACACCAAUUAAAUGCAAUGACAUCUUUAGAGCUUUACCUGGACAAGACAGACCCAUCAGAACUGUGCUGACAAAGGGAGUCGCUGGCAUUGGAAAAACAGUCUCUGUGCAGAAGUUUAUCCUGGACUGGGCUGAAGGGAAAGAGAAUCAGGACGUCCAGCUCAUAUUUCCAUUUCCUUUCAGAGAGCUCAAUCUGAUGAAGGAUAAAACACUCAGUCUUUCAGAUUUUCUUUAUGUCUUUUUCCCUGAAACCAAAGAAAUGGAAAUAUCCAGUGAAGAAUAUAAAGUGUUGUUUAUUUUUGAUGGUCUGGAUGAGUGUCGUCUGUCUCUCAAUUUUCAGAGUGAUGUGAGGUUGUGUGAUGCAAGUAAACCAGCCUCAGUGGAUGAGCUGUUGAUGAACCUCAUUGUGGGGAAUCUGCUUCCCUCUGCUCUCAUCUGGAUCACCUCCAGACCAGCAGCAGCUGAUCUCGUCCCCUCUGAGUGUGUCCAUCGAGUGACAGAGGUACGAGGCUUCAAUGAGCCACAGAAGGAGGAAUACUUCAGAAAGAGAAUCAGUGAUCAGAGUCUGGCCGACAGGAUCAUCUCACACCUGAAGUCAUCAAGGAGCCUCUACAUCAUGUGCCACAUCCCAGUGUUCUGCUGGAUCUCAGCCGCUGUUCUGGAGAAGAUGUUGAGUCGGGCAGUGAGCGGAGAGAUUCUAAAGACUCUCACUCAGAUGUACACACACUUCCUGAUGGCACAGAUUAGCAUCAAAGACGCAAAGUAUACUGAGAAGGAGGACAAGGAUAUGGAGAUGAUCUUCAAAUUGGGGAAACUGGCAUAUGUGCAACUGGACAAGGGAAACCUGAUCUUCUAUGAGGAAGACCUGAGAGAGUGUGGCAUUGAUGUGACAGAAGCAUCAGUGUACUCAGGAUUGUGCACUCAGAUCUUCAGAGAGGAAUCUGGCUGGUAUCAGGGGAAAGUCUUCUGCUUUGUUCAUCUCAGCGUUCAGGAACAUCUAGCGGCUCUAUAUGUGAUACUCUCCUUCCACAACAGCAGCAAAAAUGUGCUUGUUGAAGGUGAAGCAAAGACAGUGUCAAUCAUUCUCAAAUGUGCAAUUGAUAAGGCUUUAGACAGUAAGAAUGGACAUCUCGAUCUCUUUCUUCGCUUUCUCAUGGGACUUUCGGUGGAGACAAAUCAGGCCCUUCUAGAAAGGUUUUUAAAGAAAAGAAGUAUCAUCGCCCAGGACACAGCAGAAACUGUUGAGUAUCUCAAGGAAAUGAUUGUAAGAAAUUGUCCAGAUAAGAGCAUUCUUAUGUUCCACUGUCUAAAUGAACUUAAUGAUCAUUCACUAAGUGAUGAAAUCCAAAAGUACAUAGCCUCUGGAAAAGUUAGCGAAGAUAUCCAGUCCCAGGAACUUGGCUUGGCUCUUCUGUUUAUUUUAAUGACAUCAAAUGAGAACUUUGAUGAGUUUGAACUACAUAAAUAUGGCAGAUCAGAUGCAUUCAUAAGCUGGCUGUAUCCUGUGAUCAGGCUGUCUACAAAAGCUUGGAUGUGUAACUGUAAUAUCACAGAAAUGGGAUGUUUAAAGCUGUCUACACUUUUGUCUUCACAUUCCAAUGUGAGAGAGCUGGAUCUGAGCCACAACAACCUGCAGGACUCAGGAGUAGAAAUACUCUGUGCUGGACCAAAGGAAUCAAGCCGUGCAAAACAAUUAAUUCAGCAAUGGUUCAGCAGUAGGCCAUAUCAUCCAAGCAAUCAGUGUUUGUUUGAUGAUAUUGCAAGUCUCACAGCUGGACUACAGGACGCAGAGUCUAGACUGGAAUCUCUGAAUCUGAAGAACUGCACAGUUACAGCAGCAGGCUGUGUUUUCCUGAGUUCAGCUCUUAGUUUAAACCCUUCACAUCUGAAAGUGCUGGAUCUGAGCUGGAAUAAUAUAGGAGACUCUGGAGUGACCCAUAUCUGUGCUUCUCUGGACAAAGUUCAUUGCUCAUUGGAAAUACUCAAGUUACAUAAUUGUAAUAUAACACACAAAAGUUGUGCAGCAUUGGCGUCAGUACUACAAACAGAUUCAAACCUGAAAGAACUGUCUCUAAGCAAGAAUGAGCUCCAGGACUCUGGUGUGAUGCUGUUAUCUGUUGGACUUCAUCAUCCUCACUGUAAACUGGAGACCCUGAGGCAAGAUUAUUCUCAAUGACAACAAAUCCACCAAUAAACAACAUUACUCAAUGCACCAUUUGUGUUUUGUUUAUAAGAGUUACAGCUGAAC